AUCCAUCGCUUGCUAGCAUCAAGUCCACUGCAAAUACAGCGAAGUGUUCAUUUGUUUAUCUGGAAACGAGAAUUUGACUCGACCAGAAUUCGAACUUACGACCAUCUACACACACAUAUUCAAGACGCGAGACAGUCAUGUUGCCAAAUGCCCAGUGAAGUCGCUAUGAUGACCAUUCGACCCGGGUCAUUACCCAAGAGCCCGGAAUCCAAUGGUUUUAACGGUUUGACCGAUACCACCAACUACGAGGGCAGGAAGCCUAGGUCACGUGGUUCCAGUCCAGCCGAGAAGGGCUACAAGAAAACGACUGUAGUUCGGAAUGGGGCGGAUUCCAGGCGGACCCAAGGGAGUACUCCUAGCGAGAAGUUCUCAGGGACCACCACACUUCCACAGUCCAGGGACAGCGAUAACGGAAUUGUAGACCGCCUGGAUGAAGGCAGCCAACCACCAGUGAGAAACCACGUGCUAUCACCUGAAGACAACAUAAACGUGGUCGUCAGAGUUCGACCACUGAAUAACAAGGAGGUGAAAAAUGGCGACGAAUCAGUCGUCCAGUAUCCAGGGAACGGACAGAUUUUGCUCGGUCCUGUGGGUGCUGGUCACCCCAAGCCCAGAGUGUUCUCUUAUAACGUGGUGUUUGAACCCGGGGCCACUCAAGAAGACGUUCUACAGUUCUCUGGAAUCAAGCGUCUCAUCGAGAUGGCCGUAGAAGGCUUCAGCACCACGGCGUUCUGCUACGGGCAGACCGGAAGCGGAAAGACGCACACACUCACUGGACCUCCGGGACUGUUCGAGAAGAACCCAGAUCCAUACUCGGAGGACCACGGCCUCGUUUUCCGCUCCUUCAUGUACCUGUUUGAACUGUUAAAACAACGGAGCGAAUUCCACUUCAUACUGAAGGCUUCCUUCUUAGAAAUAUACAACGAAAAGGUCAUCGAUCUCCUAAACCCUGGCACCGCACGGAAACCCCUGGCUGUGCGGUGGUCGAAGAAGUCGAGGGGUUUCUUCGUAGAGAACCUGUUCACCGUGGACUGCGAAGAGCUAGACGACCUUCUGGCUGUGCUGGAAGAAGGUAUGAGGAACCGUUCGGUGGGACGACACAACAUGAAUGACUAUUCCAGUCGCAGCCACACGAUCCUGACCGUUCACAUCACAUCCGAGCAGCAGAUGGGAGAAGAUGGCGUCUUCAUUUCCAAACAGGGGAAGAUAAACUUCGUUGACUUGGCGGGUAGCGAAAUGACCAAGAAGACGCACAGCGAAGGGAAGACGCUAGAGGAGGCCAACAACAUCAACAAGUCCCUCAUGGUCCUUGGGUACUGCAUUGCUUCACUCAGCGACUCACGCAAGAAAGGAGGCCACAUCCCGUACCGGGACAGCAAGCUGACGAAGCUCCUGGCAGACAGCCUUGCCGGAAACGGUGUCACCCUUAUGAUCGCUUGCAUUUCCCCUGCGCGGUCCAAUGUUAGCGAGACAAUAAACACACUGCGUUACGCAGCCAGGGCGAAGAAGAUCAGGACCAAGCCAAUUGUCGUCAUGGAUCCACGAGAGGCCCUGAUACUGAGUCUGAAGAGGGAGGUAAACGCUCUGCAGAGCGAGAAUGACCACCUGCGAUCAGCCAUCAACUUCGCCCAGGACAAACCUCCGGGAACUGCCAGCUCGGACCCAGGAGCCAACUCAUUCAUGCAGGGUCGCCUCGUUCUGAAGACACCUCCCACUGUCGACUUGGAGAAACUGGCCGAGAUGGAGGGCCAGGAGCUAUCGGAACUGGUGAGGCACUACAUGACGGAGAAUGAGGCACUUCGUAAAGAGAAUGCAGAGCUGUUCACAACGAGGGAGCUUGUCCUCCGUGACCAGGAGCUUGUGUGCAGAGAAAACGAGCGGCUCCUCAAGAAGCUGGAAGACGUGAACUCUGUGUGCUGUCGUUCACCCAUCAUACCAGCUAGACCAACCUAUUCUGCUGAAAUGCUGAACAUGUCAGGGAAUGGAGAUCUUGAUGCCACAAAUGUCUGGGUGAAUCCCCUGAAUGCAAGCCUUACUAACACUUUAGGUGGCUCCACCAACAGCACACUACCAGGUCCACGCUUCAAACAAGAUAUACUAGAGGGAAGGAAGUCUGCUAAGCCUCCUCAUCGACUUCCUGAGUCCAUACAGAAAGAACUAGAUAAGAGAAGCAUUGGAAACAGCAUGAUGAACAUUGCUGAGUCUUACCGUGAAAAGAGCCAUAGACGCCACAAUUCAUGGGACAAUGGCAAGGGAAUGCAUGGAUCUACGGGAUCUGCUGACAGUACCUCUUCUGCUCGUAGAAACAAACUCAAGGAACUUGCUGACAACCCAAAUCAAGAUGGCAACUCACGUGUACCUCAAAGGACAUCAUCUACUCCUAUUGGAAGUGUAACCACAGAAUCUCCAUUGCCUGAAGUUAGCUUACAGAGAAGGCCAGCUUCAAUAUCACGGACCACAGAUAAUGAGAUACCGGAUUCUUCUCCUGGAAGUCUCCAUCAUAGCCCUCAUUUGACUAGAAAAAAGGACAGUACUGACCAGCUCAAAACAGCAAACCCUCUUGGCACUCAGAGUCCUAUUCACCAAACAGAGAGACCAAAGAAAGAUCCAUUUGGAAGUCUGGUCUCACUGCAUGAUGGCUCCGAGUAACAUUUUAAUACUUUCCCACUGUUGAAAAGCUUUCAACUUUAAGGAAGACAUCUGCUUCUACAAUGCAACAAAAAGCUGAAACUCACUUGUCUCUGAGAGGGUCUUACAGAUGAAGAGCAGACACACAUCAGAGGUCUAGUGGCAGCAUGAGUGUGAUAUUAAAAGGGCUUUUAAAAAAAUGAUAAUUUUAAGAUAAGACUCAUAUACACCGGUUAUUUUUCCCCUUUAUUGUUUAUGAGAAUAUGAAUAGUUUAUCUGAAUUAUUUAUAACUAAGGUUUGUUAUAACCAUCUGUUACAAGUAUACUUUUAAUGCAUGGUUGUGGUUCCACACUGGUUGUGGAGAUAAUGAAUGGGUGAACUGAUUCUAUAAAUCGUAUAUAGGUCAUUAGUAUUUAUAUUUGGACUACAUUAUUCAUAUGUUUUGUUGAUUUUUUUCUGGUAGGUCUCUAGCAGUAUGUUGCUGUGGUAUUUAUAAUGCUCUUUAUUUACUAGUUUCUCAAAAUAUUCAAGUUUAUAUAUAAUUUUAAACAUUAACAUUAACUAUGUGAGAUUUGAGGUUUUCACAGUGGUGACUAUGAAGAAAGC